AUUUUCUUUAUUUUAUUUGUUGAACGUUCUUUGAUAACAUAAAUAAUGGCAGUGUGUAGAUAUUUCUUACAGGGUAAUUGCCUAAAGGGUAAUUCAUGUAAUUAUCAACACAUAAAUCCACAAAGUAAUCGACUUGGCAGUUCGACAGGAAUGAUUGCAACUGCAAAAUACAAUGAAACUUCUUUAAAAACAAAUUUAACAGACGAUCGUCCACAAUGGAAACUAAGUGUAUUUGGUCCAGCAAAAGAAGAGCCUAACCUAAUUGUAGGUACUGAUAGAAGCCCUGAAGAAGAUCGACUUUUAUAUUAUACAAGCAUGCGUACAACUGGAAAUGCCAAUCAAUUUAUUACAAAUCAUGAUCAAAUUGCAGCUCAAGUAGAAACUCAAGUGAAUGCCAUUAUAAAUAAUCCUUCGGGUGCCAUUCAGCAUUAUGAAAAAGAAAAAUCAAAACAAGCAAGUCCAUUUGGUGGUUCAGCAGCUAAUGCUCCAUUUGUACCGUUUACAAAUACAGGAGGAGCAUUUGGAGCAGCUUCAAACACAUUUGGACAGGCUUCUGCAUUUGGGGCUGCUAAACCAUCUGCUUUUGGUAAUACAUCUGCUUUUGGAUCAACAACAAAUGCUUUCGGUAGUGGAAGUGUAUUUGGACAAACCUCAGCCUUUGGUGUGAAUAAACCUUCAGCCUUUGGUAGUGCUCCUGCAUUUGGGUCAACAAGUGCUUUAGGUAGUAGUUCAACACCUGCAUUUGGCUCUACAAGUGCUUUAGGUAAUAACACUACAUCAGCAUUUGGAUCAACAAGCGCUUUAGGAAGCGGUACACCAGCAUUUGGAUCUACUAGUGCUUUAGGUCAAGGCGGAGGCUUUGGAACAAAGCCUACAGCAUUUGGGCAAACACCUACUGCCUUUGGUGCUGCUGCAUCAGCAACUCCUCCAGCCUUUGGCUCUACUACUGCCUUUGGACAAACUUCUUCUUUAGCUAAUAAUAAUACAGGAUUUGGACAAGCUGCCACUAUUACUAACACUAUGAAUUCAACAACAACAACAUCAACAACAUCAACAGCUAAACAAUCUGAUAUAGAAGCAUUUUCAGCUCCACAAUUCAAAUAUCGUUAUAUACCAGAAGUAGAACCUCCAAUUGAGCUUCGAUAAUAAAAUUAAUUACGUUUAUUUAUAUAUAUAUAUAUAAUAUUACAUAGUAAUUCAAGAUUACUC